AAACAAAAUGGCCAGAUUAGUUAACUCCAUUUUCUUUACCUUCUUGUACAUAAGUUUCAUAUACACACUUUCACCUUAUGUCAAUGCAACAACUUCACAAUCUGAUAUUCAAGUUCUAGUAGCCAUCAAGACGUCGAUAGACCCUUUUUCAAUAACCCCGGAUUCCUUCCUUAGUAGUUGGGAUUUCAACUUAGACCCUUGUGAGACAACUGGUGCAAGUUUCUUAGGCAUUCUUUGCACAGUUCCUGAUCAGGUAGACACUAAUGCCACGAGCCGGAUAAUUGAGAUUGAUCUAGAAGGUGAUGGACUAGAGGGGUUCUUGACAUCGUCUAUCGGGAACUUAACAGAACUUGUUACUCUCAAUCUAGGUAGGAACAAGUUCAGAGGACCAGUGCCAGAGAGUAUUACUAAUUUGAGGAAACUCACAAGUCUUCAACUUUAUGAGAAUUUUUUCUCAGGUAGUCUUGUUGAUGACAUUGGUGUCCUUACAAAACUUGAAACUCUUGAUGUCUCGAAUAACAGGCUAUCUGGCUCAAUCCCUUCCUCGAUUACAUCACUUAGAAGUUUAACGCGAUUAGACCUGUCUAACAAUGAAUUCACUGGAAAAAUUCCUCAACUCAACGGAUUAUGGCAACUCUCUUCAUUUGACAUUUCAAAUAACCAAAUUUAUGGGAAUUUACCACAAUUCCCAUUGAAGAUCAAAACACUAUCACUAAGCCACAACUUGUUAUCAGGACACAUUACCCCAGUGCAUAAACUUAGACAUUUAAGCACAUUAGACCUUAGUGAUAACAGAUUUUCAGGAGGAAUAAACAAAGGGAUCUUCAUGUUACCUGAAUUAAGUCACGUAAACGUUUCAGUAAACCGUUUCACAGUGUUUGAGGUGGUAGAAUUCUCUGAUAAAAAAUCACAGCUACACACGUUAGACGUACAUGCUAAUCGUCUACAUGGUCAUUUGCCUGUGAACUUGGUUACUUACCCAAACUUAACAGAAAUAAACCUUGGACAUAACCUGUUUUCGGGUGAGAUUCCAUCAGAGUAUUGGUCAAGACUCGGAUUUUCAUGGAGAAAUCUCAACUUGGAAUAUAAUAACCUAGAGGGAUCGGUGCCUCGAGAGCUCAACAGGACUUUAGAAGGGGUUCAGGGAAGUUUUGAACAUAACUGUCUCAUUUGUCCAAAGGGAUUGCAGCUAUGUCAUGGACAGAGGACAGCUUCAGAAUGUCAUGGAGGAGACCAUAAUUAGUUGAAAAAUUACAUUGCAUUUUUAUAUGUUUUCCUAGUUUCCAAUAUAGUUUAUAAGUUGCAGCCUGUUAUUUCAAUGAAUAAAAGAGUAGCAUCGAAAGCUCCUUAAAUUUGUCAGUAUAUAAUUUAUUUAGACACUCGAACUACAAUAUGUUCAUAUUGAGCACCUGAACACA